AUGGAAAGGUCAUCAACGCCCACUACAACAACGGCGUCUACGAUGAAAUGGACGUGUGAAUCACCCGGUACUAAAAUGAUCGCAUUGACGAAGCUGGCUGUCGUAAAUUCUUCACUGCCAUCAUCGACGGCUGCGAUAUCAAUGAGAAAGAUAAACACGGGGGAUCCUACACCUACCACAAAUCAGGAAACGCAAACAAAAUCCUCAUCGCUGAACUCCUCCCCUCCGGCUCUCUUCUCCAAUCCGAACCCCGCUGCCCCAAUCAAAACGGCAUUAUUCCGCUCCAUGUAA